AUGGCAGACGAGUCUACCAACUAUGACUCACCUUCCAGCGGACUGACUCCCCAAGAUGGGGUUCCUGGAAAUCCUCCUUUAUCUUUCACACUCAGUAGUUCAUCCGGCUUCGCUCAGUGGUCAGAUAUAUCUUCCCCUUUCUGUGCACUGACUCUCUCUUCUACUACCGUCAAAUCCGCUCCCUGCGCGGACGCCACUCCCGCCUCUGUUGAUACGAAAGAUGAGAUUGAGGAAGGUGAAAUACACGAAUUGCUGCCUAUCGCUCCUGACGUGAAUAUCGUACCUCAGUUCCAGUCUCAUCCGGGUCUCCUAUGUUUAGAGUCGCUUAACACCAUGGCUCUGAAUGAAAGUCAAGUAUUGUUCUACUUUGGAAUUCUCGCAGUACAGGAGUUUCUAUUGCCUCGCUUCGAAUUUGUGAAUAUUGGAGAGGGCUCUACCUGGGGUGUCACGCUCACUGUGACCCCGGAACAGGCCAAGGUUGAGGUCUGUCGCGAGGCUCUUGACAGGCUCAGGUCUAUUUACCCCGGCUGGAUCGUCCCGGAUGAGCCCAGCGAUUUGCCACCGGAUUCUGGUUGGGACUGGUGUGAACUUUUGCAAAAGUACUGUCUCUUCAACGGGUUGCAGAUUCCGAAGUACAUCAAGCACUUUCACGAGGGCGGCUACCGUCAUGAGGUUGAGCUAGAUGGCGUGACAUACUCUGGGGCCCUUAAGCCCUACUCCGAGGAGUCCGAGUCUCAGAAGGACACAGCGUUCAGGGCUCUACACGCAACCUUGGUAUCAACCCGAGAUGCGUUCUGCCAUGCGUUAGGACCACUGACUCUAGAGAAAUCCUACAAGGAAUUGCUGAGGCUUGUCCGAGAAGCACAUCCAUACAGAGAAGAGCAGCGCAAACCGGAUGCCAGAGUCGUGACGGCCAAAACUUUUUUGGAAGUUCGGAUGCCGAAGCUCGGACGACUAGAAGAACACUAUGUCAGCCCAAGGGGUCAGUGGCACGCGGACGCACUCUUCAAGAGUGAUCCGUUCCUCACUCGUGUCGGGCCCAUCGGGGAAGUGUCCACUGAGAAUUCUACCUGGAGAGAAGCCCAAGAGAUGUGUGCCCAGCGGGUGUCUCAGUACCUGAUCGACAUGGUCAAGAAGGACUUGCUGGUGGAACAAGCGGCAGCGAAAGUCCGCUUCGACCGAGAACAAUGGGGGACGAAAGCUGCGAAUAGGGCAAUGUUCAAAGGAUAUGUCGACUCAAUGCAGAUAGACUAG